AUGCAUCCCAGCGCCCUCCUCGGACUGCUGGCCUUUGCGGCAGCUGCCACAGCGGCGCCUCCCAAGCGUCACAAUGAUGCCCACUCGAGCUCUUCCAUUAAGAACCUGAAGAAUCACAUCAAGAAUGUCGUGAUCCUGGAGAUGGAGAACCGCUCCCUGGAUAACCUACUCGGUGGCCAGACGAUCAAGGGCCUCGAUAACCCAAUCAACAAUGGCCCCUUCUGCAACCCGUAUAACCUGACCGACUCCUCCCAGGGCACCGUCUGUAGUCGCGCCAAGGACUACGACUCGAUCCUGGACGACCCAGAUCACUCGGUUACCGGCAAUAACAUUGAGUUCUACGGCACUUUCACUCCUGACAAUGCCGCCAUCUCCAGCGGCAAGCUGACCCCCUCCCAGAAGGGAUUCGUGCACGAACAGUUGCGCCGGUACGGAGAUGAUGUGAAUAAGACCGAGCUGGCAAAGCAGGUGAUCAACUACUAUACGGAGUCGGAGGUCCCCGUCUUUACCGAGCUGGUGCAAAACUACUUGACCUUUAACCACUGGCAUUCCGACCACCCCGGCCCAACAAACCCUAACCGGGCCUAUGUGCUAUCCGGUACCUCUGCCGGGCAUGGAACUAAUGACGAUUCCUUUGAUUCGGACACGCACGGGCUUACUCAACGCUCCAUCUUCCAGCAGCUGAGCGAGACCAACCACACCUGGAAGAACUACUACACCAGCACUAGCAUGGUGGACUCGUGGUUCUUUGACUGGACCUUCACCAGCGGCAACACCGACUUGGCCGUUCCUAUGACGACCUUCUACUCCGAUGCCGCUGCCGGAACUCUCCCCGAGUUCAGUUUCAUUGACCCUUCGUGCUGCGGCGUGGGGACGAACUCGAUGCACCCUACAGGUCUAAUCUCCGACGGCGAGAUUUUCAUCAAGAACAUCUACGACGCCCUCCGCGCCAGUCCGCAAUGGGAUGAGACCCUGUUUAUCCUGACUUUCGACGAGACCGGCGGUUUCCACGACCAUGUGCCGCCGCCACUCGCCCCACGCCCGGACAAUCUGACCUAUACCGAGACCGCACCUAAUGGCGAGAAGUAUACCUUCUCGUUCGACCGCCUUGGCGGCCGUAUCCCCACCUUGCUCAUCUCACCCUGGGUCGCCAAGGGGCAUGUCGAGCAGAAGGGCACCAACUCUGACGGCAAGACUGUGUCCUACUCCGCCUCGUCAAUCCUGCGCACCUUGGGUUACUUGUGGGACUUUGAGCCCUUUACUCCCCGUGUGGCCGGCUCGGCUUCGUUUGAACACCUGAUCACGAACGUCAAGCGCACUAAUACACCGAAGACGCUCCCCGAGCCCCAGGCUUUUAAGCGCAAG